AGGAUCUAGGCUUCUCCCGAGGGCUGGUGAGCAUGGCAUGGGGCAGAUUUGGGGCAGGCACAAGGGUUUUGCCAGGGAAUGACGCAGCUGGACAACAGGAUGUGACAGGCAUCUCAUGUUUUGCGGUACCAGGAUAAGGGGUUCCCUAGAGGGGUUCCCUGGAGGCAGCAGAUGCUGCGCAGGUACCAAACACCUCACUGGGCACUGCUCCCCUCCUGGCAUCAGGGAAUCCUGUCCUGCUCCCUGGCAGCGAGUUAGGAUGAGAAACCCAGAAACCAGCUGGACAUGGGAAUGUUUUGCUCCCAACCCAGAAAAGGGGCUACAGACUGCUCUGGCAUCACUCCUGAGGUCGGGGGGGUGCUGUCACCCCCACAGUGACCACGUGUGCUCAGGCAGCAGCCGGGGACAAGCGAGCCAGGACUGGGACACCAGUGAGCAGGAGGGACAUGGACCCAGCACAGGGACCACAGCUGGGGCAGCAGGAAGGAUGGAGCAAGGGAAGGGGGUCGGGGAGGGGCUGUGAUGUAGAAGGUGGCAGGACAGACCUGACAGAGGGGCUGCCUGCUUCCUUUAGAGCAGGAGCGGAGGGGCAGGUGGCCUGUCCCCAGUGUCCCCAGUGUCCCUCUGGGAUCUGCUGCCAUCUUCUGGCAGGAUCCCAUCCUGCUGCGGUCCUGAGUCCAGCACUGUGCCAAGGCCUGGGGACCCCUCUGUGACCCCACUGUCCUGUGCCCCACACCCACGGCUCCAGCCCGGACACCCCGGGGUGCCCCCCAAGCCUCCCUGCUCCCAGCCCCAGGAAGCUGAGCCCCCAGACUGCUCCCAGUGUCCACCUACACAGCAUGGGGAUUGUCACCCCAAAAACCCUCUCCCUCGGCUGCAGGUUUCUCCCACACCAACCCUCUCAGUGCCCAGUCAUCCCCCCCACUGCCCUAUUAUUCCUUACCAGGGAAAUGGAAUUCCAUUCCUCCACCCUGGAAUGGACUUCCUAUCAUCCAGUUUGGGCUGAUGGACACAGGGACAGGAUCAGGCCCUUGGUCACAGCAGGGUUGUAACAGUGGCUCUGCUGGUUUCCCCAAGGAACAUCCAGCUCCAUCCUCGUCAAGGCUGCCAAGGGGUAGGGGAAGCUCUAGAGAGCUGUCUUCCUGCAGCAUUCUCAUCCCCUGGGUCUCUUCCUGCUGCAUUCCCAUCCCCUGGGUCUCUUCCUGCUGUAUUCCCAUCCCCUGGGUCUCUCUAGGACAUGGGGAUCCACCGAGUCCAGUCCUCCAUGUGACAGGCGAGCUUACAUGGAGCCUCUUCCCACAGCCUCCCUGAUCUUCCAGGCCUUCCCAGUGUCUCCGCUUCCCCUGGGACCAGCAGAUCCCAGGGAUAACCAUUGGGGACAGGGGCCUCGCUGGGUGUGGGGACACCCAGGGCCACCCCACACAUCCCUCUCCUCUUCCCAUGGGCGUGAGAGCCUGAAAACAGCCUCAGUGGGGUCUUAUAUGGGAUUUGCUUUUUGGAUGCGGCCAGGAAUUGGGAUUAAGGUUUGGAGGAGGUGAAUCACCGAGCCCGUGUCCCCACAGUGGCCCUGCAAGCACCACGGCUCAUCCCACCCUGGGCAGAUGGCAGCGGCAUCCUGCUCCUCGCUGGAAAGUGCCCAAAUCCAUGGGCAGGGCCUGAGCUGCAGCUGUCCCUGCUUUAAUUCCUCACAGCAAAGCAAGCCAGUGUCUGGCGGAUUUUCCACACUCUUCGUGCCCCAGCCCACACACAGGAAGGCUGCACAGCAUCGGAGACCUUCCCACUGGGAACGCUACCCGGCGGGCGAGCCCUGCACACUCAGUGCCUGACUCCCACGGGAGCUGCAGGAAGUCGUUUCAGUCUAAAAGGGAUUUUCAUUCCCCAGCCCUGCAAAAGAAAGCUGGGAAAAAUCAACCCACCAAAGGGACACAACCCAAAAAGCUCAUGACAGUUGUGCUGAGAUCUGACUGUUCAGAGCUGGGACACGGAGUGUUCGAUCUGAAUUCCAAAGAAUCCAGGUGUGUGCAUCCGCCCACCGCCCUCCGCCUCCGCCAUUCCCACCCUCCAUGGUUUUUUUUCUUCUGGAGCAACCAUUCCCACCAAGCCACCUUUUGGCAGCUCAGCGUUUACAAGACAUCAGAAACUCCCCCCCCAGCACUACCAGCCUGCCUGUGCCCUCCAAACACACUUCCCAACAUCCUCAACCCGUGUCCAGCCCAUCACCGUCCUGUUUCCAUCCAAAUCUCUGCUGCUGCCCACCACCCACCACAGAGGGGAUGCACCCAGAUCCCUUGGGAGAUCCCUUUGUUCCCCUGGCACCCAGGGGGGCUGGCACAGCUCCCCACCCCUCUGAGCACAUCUGGGCAGCUGUGCCCGCGUGGUGCUCCAGCAGUGCCGUGACAUCAGCGCGGUUUCCUGCCCGCCGGCACUGCCGCGCCGUGUGCUCGGCCCGGAGCACAGAGCCCCGCGGGGUGCUGAGCCCCAGGCAGCCCCCUGGCACCCCUCCAGACCCCCUGGUGACAGCCAUGGAGUCAGUGGCUCUCUACAGCUUCCAGACGACGGAGAAGGACGAGCUGCCCUUCCAGAAAGGGGACACCCUGAAGAUCCUCAACAUGGAAGAUGACCAGAACUGGUACAAGGCUGAGCUGUUUGGCUGUGAGGGCUUUGUCCCCAAAAACUACAUCAAGGUCAAGCCACACCCGUGGUACGCGGGCAGGAUCUCCCGGCAGCUGGCAGAGAAGCAGCUCCUCAAACGGAAUCACGUGGGAGCCUUCCUGAUCCGCGACAGCGAGAGCACCCCGGGGGAAUUCUCCAUCUCCGUCAACUACGGGAAGCAUGUCCAGCAUUUCAAGGUGCUCAGGGAGAGGAACGGCAAGUAUUUCCUCUGGGAGGAAAAGUUCAAUUCCCUCAACGAGCUGGUGGAUUUCUACAGGACGACCACGAUCGCCAAAGAGCAGCAGAUCUUCCUCCGGGACGAGGAGCAGAGCCAGGAGGUGGGCAGACCCCGAUUCGUGCAAGCCCAGUUCGACUUCCCAGCCCACGAGGGCUCCCAGCUGCCCUUCCUCCGCGGGGACAUCAUCGAGGUCCUGGACUGCCCUGACCCCAACUGGUGGCAGGGGAAGAUCUACGGCCGGGUCGGCUUCUUCCCUCGGAAUUACGUCCACCCCAUCCGCAAGUGACUCCCCCCCGGCCCCGCGGGGGCGGCAGGACCCGCCCCACUGCCCCCACCCACCGGAGCCGCUUCGUGCCCACACACGGGCUGUGUGUCCCUUCGUCCCCACAGCCGUGAAAACUUUUCCAGAGCCACAGUCCAGUGGGAUGACAGCAACAGAGGGGGAGAGCAAGUGCCCCCCAAACCUUGGCUCCUCUCCGGGCCCUGUAAGCGAAGAACCCACCUCCAGGGAGGG